AUGUUUGAUGGGGCUCAAUUCCAAUUUUUCUCCCACAUGAACAGCAGAUUCCAGGUCCACAACUUUGGCGAACAACACCCCAUUGUUUUCUUGAACGCAGAUAUUGCCAGGGUGCAAGUCGGCAUGCACCAUGCUUUUGGCUUGGAGAGCGGGCAAAGCUGUCUCCAGGAUAUCUCGUUUUACCACCUUAGCAAGCUCUUUCCCCACCUUUCCACUGACAACGAGUUUGUCCAAAGGGAUACCAACGUCUUCCAGUACCAAGAACGGAAGGUGGCCGUAUCCGCUUACCAAGUUUACAACUGCAUCGCAGGUCUGCAUUUGCAUCAGGUUGAAGCGCUCGUCGCAUAUGCGUUUGUAGCGGGGUUUCCGGCUCUACGGCAUCUUCAAGACAACUUUCUCGCCGCUAUUGGCGGUGGCCUUGGCCACGAAGUAUCUGUCCUCUGCAAGGAUUUCUGA